AUGGAUGUUUUGAUUGUUUGUGAACCUAGGGUUCCUUAUGCAAGGGUCAAGAAUUUUCUUAGAAGAAAUGGAUUUCCUGAUGCUGAAGUUGUGGAGGCCCGCUGGUUUUCAGGAGGUGUGUGGAUUCUUUAUGAUAAGAACAAAAUUGGAGUCACUUUUAUUGACAGUAAUAUUCAAUCUGUUACUGUUCAGAUUUCAGUAAGUGGUUAUCAAGACUGGGUUCUCUCUGCUAUCUAUGCUAGUCCUACUAAUUCUAUUAGAAGUGUGCUCUGGGAUUACUUAUCUUCCUUUGCUAAACAAUGCAAGCUGCCUUGGUUAAUCAUUGGGGAUUAUAAUGAGCUUUACUGUAGUGCAGAUAAAAAUGGGGGCUCACUUGUUGGAAAAUUUGGUGGAUUGAGAAAUUGGGGUUAUGAUGGAAGCCUUUUGGAGAAAUUGAGUUCCCUUGCUUUAGAUUUAAAAGAGUGGAAUGUUCAUGUCUUUGGAAAUUUAUUCAGUAAAAAAAGGAGAAUCCUAGCUCGUCUCGCUGGGAUCCAAAAGAGUCUUGCAAUACAAGAUAAUCCUUUUCUUAGUCAACUGGAAGGUGAGUUAAUCAAGGAAUAUGGUGUUGUGAGUGAUCAAGAAGCUCUAUAUUGGCAACAAAAGUCUCGGGUUAAGUGGCUUCAUGAUGGGGACAAUAACACAAAGUUUUUCCAUAUGUCCACUAUGGUGCGUAGGAGAAGAAAUAAUAUUAAGGGUUUGCUCGACAAGAAUGGCAGUUUAUGUACUGAUUUUAAUACCAUGAAAUCCAUUGCUGUGGAGUUUUUUGAAAAUUUGUUCACUUUCAAGGUUGGUGGAGAUUCUCGAUUUAUUAUUCCUUGCCUUUUCCCUACUUUGACUGAGAAUGACGUAAGAAUGAUGAGCAGAAAUGUCACUGGUGUUGAAGUGAAAAAUGCAAUGUUUAAUAUUGGUGGUUUGAAAGCCCCGAGUGCUGAUGGGUUUCCUGCCCUUUUCUAUCAGAAGCAUUGGAAUAUUUGUGCUAGCGAGAUUACUCAAAUGGUGACACUUGCAUUCCAAAGUGGUAAGAUUCCUAUGGGACUUAAUCAUACUUUAAUUGCCUUGGUUCCCAAAGUCUCUAGUCCUCAAGAUAUGGCUCUUUUUAGACCUAUCAGUCUAUGCAAAAUGCUGUAUAAAGUGAUAUCUAAAGUGUUGGUUGCAAGAAUCAGACCUUACCUGAGGAAUCUUAUUAGUCCUAACCAAGUCAGCUUUGUCCCUAGGAGACAUAUCUCUGAUAAUAUAGUCAUUGUUCAAGAAGUUCUGCAUAAAUACCAACAUUCUCAUGGUGGAAAGGGAUUUAUGGCGUGGAAAAUUGAUUUGUCCAAGGCCUAUGAUAGACUAAAUUGGGGAUUUAUUGAGACAGUUUUGGUUGAGGCUCAAUUCCCCACUUUCAUUGUUAAGUUAAUUAUGGACUGUGUUUCAACUACAAGUUUUCAAGUUUGCUUAAAUGGGGAACUUACUGAGUCAUUUCGAGCCAGUAGGGGGAUUAGACAAGGUGAUCCCUUAUCACCCUAUUUAUUUGUCUUGUGCAUGGAGAAACUUUCACAUUUGAUUAACUCUGCAGUUGAAGUGGGUCAAUGGAAGCCAGUUCGAGCUUCUGGUUCGGGACCUUUUAUUUCUCAUCUAUUUUUUGCAGACGACUUGAUCCUUUUUGCGGAUGCAAGCUGCGAACAAGCAAGGAUUCUUAAGAGAUGCUUAGAUGUCUUCUGUGAUAUUUCAGGUCAAGAGGUCAGUUAUGAUAAAUCUAUUUUAUUUUGCUCUCCUAAUACUUGCAAGGUUUUAGCUGCAAACAUAAGCAAAAUUUGUGGUUCUAAACUUACUUCUAAUCUUGGUAAGUACUUGGGAGUUCCUUUGAUACAUUCUAGAGUUACUAAAAGAACUUAUGCUCCUGUCCUUAAUAAAGUUCAGAGUCGUUUGGCUGGUUGGAAGAGCAAGAUGCUCAAUUUAGCAGGUCGACUUACUCUUAUUCAGGCUGUUACUAAUUCUAUCCCGGUUUAUACAAUGCAAACGGUGAGGUUACCUGUGUCUAUAUGUGAUGCAUUGGACAAGUGUAAUAGAGAUUUUUUGUGGGGAGACUGUAAUGGCAAGAAAAAAAUCCAUCUAGCUAACUGGGACUUGGUUUGCCGACCUAAGGAGUUUGGUGGUUUGGGAAUUAAAAAGGCUAGCAUGAUGAAUCAAGUGAUGGUUGCGAAAAUUGGUUGGAGAAUGGUUCAGGAAGAUCAGGGCUUAUGGCGUCAUGUUUUGAAUAAAAAGUAUGUUAAAUCUGUACCUCUUCUUAAUCCACUCUACUCUUGCCAUUCCGGAUGCUCCCGUACUUGGAGGAGUAUUAUCUUUGGUGUGAGUUUGUUAAAACAAGGUUUGAGUUGGAGAAUUGGGGAUGGUUCAUCCGUCAAUUUCUGGAAUGAUAGAUGGUUACCUGAUGGACCGCUUGUUCAAUUUCUUCCUGAUGUUUCUGAUUUUGAUUUACAUAUGCAGAUUCCUCCCGGUUUUAUGGGAAGUGGACCUGACAAACUUAUAUGGGGGUGGCACUGCCAACGUUGCUGGUACAUAUGGAAAUGGAGAAAUAAGGCGAUUUUUGAUGGUGAGUUUCAUGUUCCUUUUAAUCCCUGCAAAAUCAUUAUUGAGGCAGCCAAAGAAUGGACUACUGCUAAUACUAGUGGCCUGACCUCUGCGCAAAGGACUACUGUGAGUUUGCAUUGGGAGAAACCCCCAAUGAAUUGGAUUAAACUUAAUGUUUAUGGUGCCAGAAAUCAUGCAGGUAUGAUUAGUGCUAGUGGAGUUGUAAGGGAUCAUUCUGGGUCUUGGUUGUGUGGGUUCUUUGCUAACUCCGGGUGUGGUACUGUGCUGCAAGCUGAAUUCUGGGGUCUCCUACUUGGUCUCAAAAUGUCUAUUGAUGCUCAUUAUCAACAUGUGUUGGUUGAAUCUGAUUCUGAAGUCCUUGUCAAGUUGAUGAAUGAUGGUGUGGAUGCUUUGCACCCUUUGAAGUCUGUGAUUAAUAGUUGUCAGGCUCUUCAAAGGCAGUUUCAAAGGUGUGAAAUAAAGCAUAUCUACAGGGAAGUAAACAAGGUUGCUGAUGUGUUGUCCAAGAUUGGAUUGGAUUCUGAGAUUGGAGUGCACUUCAUGAUGCAGCCUCCUCCACAAGAUUGGCGCGAUAACUCCUCUCUCCCUCUCGUUCUCAAAGCCUGUGCGCGGCUGAGCGCCUUCGAGAGAGGGAAGGGGAUACAUUCAAGUAUUUGGAACUCGGGUUUGGAUAAAGAUGUGAGGAUUGGGACUGCCCUUGUUGAUUUCUACUGCAAAAGAUACACUGAGCUAGUUCAACUUCUAGUUAACAGUGCUAAUAAUGACACCGAGCGUGUAAAGAGAAUGCUAGAAGCAGUUGACGCUGAAGCCAGAGGUGAGCACGCUGAUAUUAUAAGAUUGUUGCUGGCUUCUGGAGCUUCUCCUAUAAAGGCAAACCUGUACGGAAAGAUCCCAAGUGAGUUACCAGAACCGAACACAUAA